AUGCGCCGCACGAUGGCGCCUAAAAUCCUUGGGCGGACCUCUAUCGUGUUCUUCAUCACGAUACUAUUGGUUCUUAUCGGUUCAGGCCUUGUUCUCAUUGUAUCGUCACCAGAAAGCUGGGAGUUCUGGGCCAAGAGCAAAUGGAGCACGCUCCCUUCCAUCUUCAAGGAGUUUCACCAUCAGGAGUCGACUCUGGGCAUCGAACUUCAUCCGGAGGAUCAUAUACACCGGGAUACAAAGACCAUAACCCUUCAUUGGAAUAUCACCGCAGAUUUUCGAAGCCCGGAUGGAGUGAAGAAGCGAGUGUAUCUGGUCAAUGGCGAGUUUCCUGGACCCACGAUUGAGGCGAGAUCCGGCGAUGAGAUCGUGGUGGAUGUGUCCAAUGGUCUCGAGGAUGAAUCCAUUUCGCUACAUUGGCACGGCUUGAAACUCCUCGGUCAAAAUCUGAUGGACGGCGCGGUCGGCAUCACGCAGUGCCCAAUACCUCCCGGUGAAAGGUUCACAUAUCGAGUGAAGAUUGGCGAUGAAGAAGCUGGAACUUUCUGGUGGCAUGGCCAUGCCAUGGGCCACCGAGCUGACGGGCUUUUUGGUGGUUUGAUCAUACACAAGCCGCAGUCUCGGAAUGAGCCUCGACCCAUCGAGUAUGAGGGGGAGAUGCUGCUCAUGGUCGGGGACUGGUUUCAUGCGUCCGCAAACGACACUCAAAGAUGGUACUCUGGGUAUGAGCACUUUGGGCAGGAGCCAGUCCCUGAUUCAAUGAUCAUCAAUGGCAAAGGUCGCUUUGACUGCAGUCUGGCUGUGCCAGCGCAUCCGAUCGAGUGCACAACAGCGAGCUACUCCGACUUGGCUCUGACUUCGCAUGAGAUUUCCAAACCAACUCGAUGGAGAAUUGUUAAUACCGGCUCUCUCGCAGGGGUAAGCCUGCAUGUUGGGGAUGCAAGCAUGAGCCCAAUUACUAUCGAUGGUGGCCAUCCAGUUGCUCUGGCUGAGGGAGACGGUAUCGGUGUGCUAUAUCCCGGAGAGAGAGUUGAUGUGGUCGUCUCGAAUACUGUUUCAAGGGCGCCCACAAGACUCUUCAUCGCUUUGGAUCCUGAAAACUUCGGCUAUACUAACCCUUCUCUGACGGCAAACCAGUCAUUCCCUGUUACGAAGAAGGUGUAUAAAGCUGAGGAAUAUAACUCUCCACCGUCAGCGGAUUUGCGGCGUAUCGUGGAUCUUUCAACUCUCACUUCCUCCGAGACAAGCGCAAGCUCCGCCGUACCAGCAGCAGCACAACACACAUUCGUGGUCUAUGCCAAGUCCCAGAUACUGGUCAAGUUCGAGAACGAGCCAAAGGGCUUCAUCAACCACACGUCUUGGGCUCCCCAGACACCGCCCAUCGCGUCGAUGAAUAGGUCGGCCUGGGAUGAGAACCAGUUCGUACCAUUUGUGCCCAGCAGCCCCGAGACAGCCCCAUGGGUCGAGCUGGUCAUCAACAACCUGGACGACGGAUCACACCCUUUCCAUCUGCACGGCCACUCCUUCUACGUCUUGUCCUCGUAUAUGUCGGACGGCCGAGGAGGCUGGGGCAGUUAUGACCCUUUCACUGGCGGCGCACCUCCUGCUGGCUUGAACCUGGCAUCCCCUCUUCGAAAGGACACUGUCAGGGUGCCUAGAAGGGGCCACGUAGUCAUUCGGUUUCGCGCGGACAACCCAGGACUCUGGAUGCUUCACUGCCACAUGGGGGUGCAUCUGGGGAGUGGUCUCGCAAUGGCUUUGCAUGUUGGAUAUCCUGAUGACGAAGAGCACAUCCACGCAGCGACAGAGGCGGCGGCGAAGUACUGCCCAGUUGGCACCAAGCGCGCUCUCAAAGACAUAUAG